AAUUAAAUUUUGUUGUUUUAGGAAAUGGCACCAACAGCAGAAGCCAAAAAACCUACGCCACUCUAUCAGGAUGUAGAUGGUUUUCGAAUUCCAGGCAUGUUUUCAGCCGAUGCCUACAGAUCAGCCAUUGCUUAUAAACCCCGCUCGGAUGAUCUGUUCAUCGUAACCUACCCAAAAUGUGGGACAACUUGGGUUCAACACAUCAUCGGCUGCAUUUUCAGGAAGGGACAGACAUUCACUUCAUUUACUGAGUUUCUGAUGGAGACCCCCUUUCUUGAGAUGACGGGAGCUGAAGCUGCACAUACCAUGAAGAGACCAGGAGCCAUAAAAUUUCACCUGCCCUUUUAUUUAACACCCUACUCACCAGAAGCGAAAUACAUUUUUGUAGCGCGGAAUCCGAAGGAUUGUCUAGUCUCAUUCUAUCACCACACGGAAAAUAUUCCUGGUUAUCAGUUCACGGGUGGAGAUUUUGAUGAUUUCUUUGAGCUUUUCAUAGAAGGCAAAACAGAUUUUGGUGAUUACUUCGACACUCUGCUAUCUUGGUACGAGCACAGAAAUGAUCCAAAUGUCCUAUUCAUUACUUAUGAACAACUGAAGAAGGACACAAAGACAUACAUUUUGAAAAUUGCAGAAUUCAUGGGCUCCAAUUAUAGGGAAAUGCUAGAGAGUGACGAACAGAUAUUGAAGGAUGUCAUUCACCAUUCUAGCUUUAAGUACAUGAAAGAGACAUCAAACAAAUCCAUGGCAGAAAUGAGCUCACUUCCCAAAGAGUUCAUUGAAAAUAAUCCCGACAUUCCACCCGGUUUGAGAGAUCUGCUCUUAAAACCCAUUUUCCACACCGAACCUACAAAUGUCAAUUUUGUGAGGAAAGGUAUUGUUGGAGAUUGGAAGAAUUAUUUGUCCCCCAUGCAGAACGCGAGACUGGAGCGAAAAUACAGAGAAAGAACAAUGGGAACGGAUAUACCUAGCCUCUGGAAAGAUGAUAUGUAAUUAUUACGUUAAACAUUCCGAUGUUAAGAGGAAUAAAAUUGAAAUACCAAUCAAAGAAAUUAGA